CCCCCACUUAGAUGAUGAGAUAAUGAUAUGCCCCAGCCUCAAUUCAAAUGCUGGACAGCAAACUGGACCGAACCCACAGAAAGAGAUAGAGAGAGGAGAGAGUGUGUUUCUGUGUUGAGGAAAGAAAAAGGGAGAGAGAGGACAACUCACUCUUUGUACUCUCUGAUUAUUGAUUCCAGUUGGGUCUAAACAGAAGCCAACUGGGUCAGAUUUAGUUUUACCUGGUGAUGGGUGUUCUUAGGAAAAGUUCUAAUCUUUGAUGCUUGUUGUGUCUGCUCAAAGCUGUAAGAGCUGGAAAGAAACUAGAUAUAGAAAAGAGCCAAGUGCUUUUCUUUACCUCAUUAACGAUUCUCUUCUCAAAUAACAAUUGGGUUCUGUUCAACUUGCUGUUUGGUAUGAUUAGUGUUAUUUUGUGCUCUUCUAUGGAGGUUUUGAUAAAAUUUGAAUGCUCAGUAUAGAAAGAGCAGGGGUACUUUGGUAUUGAACCAUAAAGUGUAAUAUUAAGGAGAGAUCAGAGUGGGUGGAACUCUUGUUUUCAUGGUUUGCUGAAAAAUUAGAGUUGUUUUUAUCCAAUUUUAGAUUAUUCUUUGUGGUUUCUAAAAGGGUUUUGUUUGCAAAGCAAUGAUUUUUUAUGAGUUAUAUGAGGUGGGGUUUUAGCAAUUUGAGCUUCUGAUAUUGAAUUUUCAUCAUUAGUGGAGUUUUCUUGGAGGGGUGAUUUUGAUGAGUUGUGCUGCUGGAACUGGGAUUUUUGUCAACCUUUCAAGGCUCUUUGUGAAGUUUCACAGGUGGGCUUUGGUUAAAAUGUCUAUGAAUUGUAAACGUUCUAGCAUAAAUGGCACAUUACCAGCAAAUUUCAAAUUGAAGAAACAAAAGGAUUCUUUGCAUGGGCCUAACUUUGUCAGGAAAUGGAGGAGAAAGCUUCUGCUUCUUUGGCUUUUAUCGAUUCUCACCAUAGCCAGUAUUUGGUUUCUCUCGAAUUUUGAAUAUGGGGCCUUAGGGAGGAAAGAGAGGAGUUUAGAUUCUUGUGAAGAAAAAGCUCAGAUUUUGCUUCAACAUUUCAAUGUCAGCAAGAGACAGCUUCAUGCUUUUGUUUCUUUGUUCUCUGAAUCAGAUCAGAUUGCACCACUUAAAUGUACCAAAGAACCAGGGCCUGAAAUAUCAAUGACCACUGGUAUUGCAUGUGCUUUGGAGGUACUGUGUAUGAAAAAGCAGGAGUUUCAACCGCAAGGCAGAUGGGCUGCUGCUGAAGACGUACAACCUAAUGACCAAUGCCCAGCUCAAGAGGAGAACUUGCCAAGGAAGCUUGAACAAUCAUUGCGAGAUGAAUUGAACUUCUUGCAAACAAGGGAAGUAAGGGACUGUGCAGAAGAUCAUUGUAGUAUUUUGUCUUUUGGUUUGGUAGAAGUAAGUUGUUGGGUCCUCGUUGCAAUGUUUAUGAGCUGCAUAUUGUCUGGCCUCCAUCUGAAAUUCUGGAGGAAGAAAAAGCCGAAGCUAGUUCAUUCGGAGCCAGUGCCUCAGCAGCGACAGCAACUGCUGGUGAUCAAGCAGCAGCAGCUAUCCCAUAGUCCUCCUAAAGGUGCUGGAAAGUGGAGAAAGAAGCUUCUUAUAAUUUUUGUCCUGGUGGGGAUUGUCACCUCUAUCUGGUUGUUUUGGCAUUUGAAUGAAAAAAUUGUGCUGAGAAGGGAAGAGACGCUUGCCAACAUGUGUGAUGAGCGAGCACGGAUGUUGCAGGAUCAGUUUAAUGUGAGUAUGAACCAUGUUCAUGCCUUAGCUAUUCUUGUAUCCACCUUUCACCAUGGGAAAGAUCCCUCUGCAAUUGAUCAGAGUACAUUUAGUGAAUAUACUGAGAGAACAUCUUUUGAGCGGCCACUUACUAGUGGAGUUGCAUAUGCUUUGAAAGUUCUACAUUCAGAGAGGGAGCAAUUUGAGAAGCAGCAUGGAUGGACAAUAAAGAAAAUGGAGACUGACGACCAGACUCUCGUGCAAGAUUGUAUUCCAGAACAGUUGGAUCCUGCACCCAUGCAAGAUGAAUAUGCACCAGUGAUAUUUUCCCAAGAAACUGUCUCUCAUAUUGUUUCUAUUGACAUGAUGUCUGGAAAGGAAGACCGUGAGAACAUCUUGCGAGCAAGGGCAUCUGGAAAGGGAGUAUUGACUUCUCCUUUUAAGCUUUUGAAAUCCAACCAUGUGGGUGUUGUACUCACUUUUGCUGUUUAUAAAUCUGAUCUCCCACUAGAAGCUACACCACAACAACGAAUUGAAGCUACUGUCGGGUAUCUCGGAGCAUCUUAUGAUAUGCCAUCACUGGUUGAGAAACUUCUGCACCAACUUGCCAGCAAGCAAACAAUAGUUGUUAAUGUUUAUGACACAACUAAUCCAUCUGCUCCAAUUGUUAUGUAUGGCACUGAUAUUACUGAUACUGGCCUCUUGCACAUCAGUGACCUUGACUUUGGAGAUCCAUUACGGAAGCAUAAAAUGCAUUGCAGAUUCAAGCAAAAACCUGGUUUACCUUGGACAGCAAUAAAUGCAUCAGUUGGGGUCCUAGUUAUUACUCUUCUUGUUGGCCAUAUCUUUCAUGCAGCCAUAAGCAGAAUUGCAAAAGUGGAGGAGGAUUAUCGUGAGAUGAUGGAGCUCAAAGUUCGUGCUGAAGCUGCAGAUGUGGCAAAAUCUCAGUUUCUUGCAACUGUCUCCCAUGAAAUCAGGACCCCGAUGAAUGGAGUUUUAGGUAUGUUACAAAUGCUAAUGGAUACGGAUCUUGAUGAUAACCAAAUGGACUAUGCCAAGACUGCUCAUGAUAAUGGGAAAGAUCUAAUUUCAUUGAUAAAUGGGGUCCUUGAUCAGGCUAAGAUAGAAUCUGGCAGGCUGGAGUUGGAAGCUGUUCCUUUUGAUUUGCAUUCGGUACUUGACAAUGUUGUAUCACUUUCUUCAAGUAGGUGCAAUGAAAAAGGGAUUGAGUUGGCCAUUUAUGUCUCGAAUCAAGUUCCUGAAGUUCUUAUUGGUGACCCUGGACGGUUCCGGCAGAUAAUUACUAAUCUCGUUGGAAAUUCAGUAAAGUUCACACGUGAAAAAGGGCAUGUAUUUGUCACAGUUCAUCUGGCAGAUGAAGUAAGAAGCCAAGUUGAUGUCAGGGAUGCUGUGCUGAAGCAAAGCUUCAAUUUAGUUGAAAACUUGUCAAAUGAAAUUCAUAAUUCAUUGAGUGGGUGUCCUGUGGUUGACAGAUGGAAAAGUUGGGCAAAAUUUAAGACGUUACACAGUGUAGAUACAAUUGAGGCACCUGAAAUGAUUAGAUUACUAGUUUCGGUUGAGGAUACAGGUGUGGGAAUACCACUGGAGGCACAAAGCCGCAUCUUCAUGCCUUUUAUGCAGGCUGAUAGUUCCACUUCACGAACAUAUGGUGGGACUGGAAUAGGAUUGAGCAUCAGCAAAUGCCUUGUGGAUCUCAUGGGUGGGGAGAUUGAUUUUGUUAGUGAACCUGGCACUGGCAGUAUCUUCUCAUUUACUGCUUCUUUCAAAAAAGGAGAUGUGAGUUCUCAGGAUACGAAGUGGCAGCCAUAUGAUCCUACUAUUUUGGAGUACCGAGGGUGGAGAGCAUUGGUAAUUGAUAAAAGAAGUAUCCGAGCUGAGGUCACUAGGUAUCAUCUUCAGAGAUUGGGAAUAUCUGUGGAUGUAGCUUCCAGUCUGGAAUCUGCAUGUUCUUAUGUAUCUGGAGGUCAUUACACAAGUGUUCAAGAAGAUUUGGCUAUGGUCCUUAUUGACAAAGAUGUUUGGCAUAAGGAAACAGGCAUUGCUUUACAUCGUCUUUUGAGAGAAUCAAAGAACAAUUAUGUGACAGAAAUCCAAAUAAACCUUCCCAAGAUUUUCGUGUUGGCUACCACCAUCACCGCUGAUGAACGCCGUGAACUCUCAUCAGCUGGUUUUGUAGAUAAUGUAAUUAUGAAGCCUCUCAGAUUAAGUGUUUUAAUUGCUUGUUUCCAAGAAGCCUUUGGCAGUGGAAAGAAGAGUCAAGUUAGGAGGAAGAAACUGUCGACACUUCAGAAUCUACUUAGUGGAAAAAGAAUUUUGGUGGUAGAUGACAAUAAAGUGAACAGAAGAGUGGCAGAAGGAGCUUUAAAGAAAUAUGGAGCAAUUGUUACUUGUGUGGAGAGUGGCAAGGAUGCUUUGGAACUGCUAAAACCACCACACACAUUUGAUGCAUGCUUUAUGGAUCGCCAUAUGCCGGAAAUGGAUGGUUUUGAAGCUACCCGGCAAAUUCGGUCUUUGGAGAAGCAGUUCAAUGAGCAAAUUGCAUCUGGGGAAGUAUUGAUGGAGAUGUUUGGAAAUGCAGCAUAUUGGCACACUCCAAUAUUGGCAAUGACAGCAGAUGUGAUUCAGGCAACAAGUGAAGAAUGCAUGAAGUGUGGGAUGGAUGAUUUUGUGGCAAAGCCAUUCGAAGAAGAGAAGCUGUACAAUGCUGUGGCUCGUUUUUUUGGGUCUAGUUCAUAGAGUCAGAUGUCAGUUAUUGCUCAUCUGUCCUUCAGCCAGCAUUUUUAUUUAUGCUGAAUUUACAUUGACCCCAAAGCCUGCGGUUGGCUGACUAACAACAAGCCCUGCGUCUACGAAGAUCGCAGAUAGAGUGAUCCACAACACAUUUUUGCAUCUUUCCUGCUCUGGAAUCCAAGACUGAAGAUGGCUAUGUUCAAGACCUGGGAAGUAAAAGCAAAAUCCUAGAGGCCAGUUUGUUGCACUGUACCAUCUGAUCAAUUGAAAAAGACAAUGACUGACACGGCUGGCUUUCUGACUCUAACUAAUUCUCCCUGAGGCUCUGUUAUUUUUAUUUUACUGUGUUCAUUCUUCAGAGAGUAGGCAGAUGAUAAACUGUUAGAAGUGAAUAUUACUUGAAUGUUUGCACAAUUUGCUGACUGUGAAGAAUGUGGCAUAUGGCAGUUGCAACCCUGUAACGAUCUUAUCUUCAAAACUUCUAUUCCUGAGAAGGAUCAAAAUAAAUAAAAGAAGAUGGUCCAGAGAAAGGCUGCAAAAUAGUUUCUGAACAUAAAGGGGGAUGCCGUUUAUGUAAAACUUAAUGAUUGGAAAAUGUACCCAUAGCUUGUUCUUAGUUGAAAAAUGUAAAUUUUUUAUUCACUUGUUCAUUUACAUGUAAAUCAAGGUUGCAUCUCCUUGUAAGUAAAUGUGUAAGGAAGGUUUGGUUUGUUGUAACUAUAGUUUUGUUGACCGUAAAUAAAUUGCAGCAUAUUAUAGUUUUUAUAUAUAUACAGAUAAGAAGUUGCUCUCA